AUGCCGUUAGUUAUGUCCAGGAGAGUGAGGAAGAAAAGAAACUUUUCUCCUGAAGUGGAAAUUGUGGCGAAGGGGAGAAAAGUGAGCAGGGGGGAUCGUGCAGCCGGGCCAGGGCGGACAAGGCGGGUUAAAGGAGCAGCUGGCUUGGAUUCCGGGAAAGGACGUGGAUUCUGCUGCGACCUCUGCAGCUCUCCUUACCUCGUCGACCCCAGCCGCAGAGUCAACCAGCUGAAGACCUCUAGCUCUCUGCCUUCUCCACGCCACAAACGGGAUCCCAGGCCAGGCCAGGUGCUGACGCUCUGCAACGCAUGUGGUCUGGCACUCGCCAGGCCUCGGAGCACUCCGAACGCCGCAAAGGAUCCUGGGCCGGAUGAGCGGAAGCAGCAUGAAGAGCAGUUGCAGGCGUUUGGACGGGCCAUGGUGGAGCUGCUCGGGGACCAGGAUGGGAGCAAGCUCUGCUGUCCUGCCUACACCAGGAAACCCUGCCUCUGUCUCCAGAAUUAUCUCAAAGCCCCAGGGCUGGGCGAGAGCGAGAGCCGGACGCGAGCCCUCGAGUUCUUGAGGUUGCUGCAGGAAUCCAAGCGACUGAAAGCCAUGAAGUUCUGCAGCGCUGGGGACAGCCAGCAAGCCGGGGAGCCCAGGAGGAGGCGAGCCGUCGGGCUGGGGAGCGGCCAGCAGAGAUCUCGAGCCUUCGAGGACUUUGUCCUGAAGAACCGGAGGGUGUUGCGUGAAGAGCUGAAACUAUGCGAGAGAGCCACGCAAAGGAUUCUGGGAUACUCCAACAACUUCCUGCAUAAGAAGCUCAAAACAAGCAGCCAAAUGGCCCACACCUACGGCCAGCUGCUGCAGCACUGGAGGGAUCGAGCAUUAAUGGGCCAGUCGGAGGCUCGCCGAGUCCUAGCCGAAAUGCCAACGCCCUCAGGGGGCUGUAGGUGUAACUGUUACCGCUUCAUAUCCUGGGUGACUGGCUCCAGCCCGAGCACCAUUAGCAAGGUUAACGAGCAGAUGAAGAGGACGGGGGGGGGAUAG